CUUAUCUUUAUUUUAUUCUAUUCUUUUUCUAUUCUUAUGCAUUGCUUCAGCCAAAUUCCGUACGUUAUCAUCAGCAAAAUUAUGCGUGUGUCCAACAGCGCGAACGAGCGCAGCCUUGAUGCAUGGGCAGACAGAUUGCCGCUGAUAGGCGUAUGUCAAGAGUGGAGGAAAGUUGGAACCCGUUUGGUUUAUUGCGACGCAAUGAUGGACGGAUACGAUCAAUGCGGCACUGGUUUAAUCGGGCGUUCAGAACACUCAGCAAUUGCCGGUGGUAUUAUCAACACCAAUAUCAGACUAAUAAAGGCCACAGGAAACACACACAUGGUUAAAACAUUGAUUAUAGACGUGAAUUAUAUUCAAUACUAUCGCUCGCUGGUUGACAAAGUAGACUCUAUUUUUUCGUUUGAAAGGUGUGACUGGAGUGGUGUGAGUAAAAUUAUAAUUAGCGGCAUUUUAAAGAAUGACCCCCAUGAAGGCGAGUCUCAGCUUAAUUAUUUACAAGAUGCCCAGCAGUUCAUUAAACUGAUUACAAACAACAUGCCAAAUGUUAACACAUUAGAUUUGUCCAAUUCUGGCCAAGAUGGCCUGGGAUCUGCUAUCAUCGGCAUCCUGCCUGGAUUUUACCCACACAGCCUUAAAAAUCUUUCAAGUUAUUUUCCACUUUUGCUAACAGAUUCGGCCAGCUUCGGUCAAUUGACGACACUCGAUAUUGAUGCUAAUUUACAAUCUACACGGUGCAUCCCGCAGAUCUGCCCUCAGAGUUUGCAGAAAUUAACACUGAGAAAUGUCACUCCCUCAUUUUCAUGGAGCAAGCUAGUUAAUCCCAAUAAGGUCGACAAUAUUGUAUUUCCGAAUUUGCACAGUUUGCAUUUGUGCUUUGAGGCGGAUACAUUUGAGAAUUAUACGCAGGAUUUUACUCGACUGCGUUUUCCGGCCCUUGAAGUCUUGAAUAUCACAGCCCUGACAUUUGACAUUAUGGAGCAUGCUUUAAACUUUGACAAGUUUCAAUGGCCAAGUGUCACCAAACUUCAAUUAGAUUUGCUUGAAUUUUCUGAAGAUAAUUCGGCGCAAGAAUCUAAUAGUCUAAUCCAGCGCAGCAACAAUUUAGCAGCGCGUAUUAAACACUACAUGCCCAGAAUAAGUCAAAUGCGACUGGGCUCAUAUUCAUCUAAUAAUAUCGAGGUUCAUUUUUACAACAGAUUGGCCAAUCUGUAUACCGAACAGCUGGUUCGCAUUCAUUUCAAUCACCCAACUACAUUUACGUCAACCCAGUUUUCACGCGAAUUAACACAUUUGACACUCAACGCUGGUUCUAAUACUCUGCAAAAUCUUCCCAGAGUAUUUGCCGAAUCACUCAGAUAUUUGUCACUCGCCAAUCUUGAAUCAACUUUUACUUGGGACAUGCUACAACAAGGAUCUCUAGAAUCGGAAUCAAUGUACUUUAAACAGCUGGAGCGCGCUCAUAUUGGUUAUCAAAGGAUUGGCACACAUAAUGGUUUGGAUUAUCAACAUAUUGCAGUUGACCAGAAAAAACAAUACGACAAACUGCAGGUAUCAUGCCCAAGGCUGAAAAGACUAAGAGUCGAUAAUGCCACUAUUAACAGCCUUCGACAUAUAGUGUCAUGUGGCCCUAAACAGUGGCUUAAUGUGAGGAAUUUAAACAUACGAAUGAUUGGAUCCGAACUUGCACAAAAUACAGACACAGAUGUCCAAGCCAUAUACUUGUUCGCCAACAACUUUGUAAAAAGUAUGCCCAAUGUCAAUAAUUUAAACAUGUACUCAUCCAGCGGAGGCGACUUUAAUUUGAAUUGCUUUGGCAGCAUUAUUACCAACAGCUACGCUCACCAACUGAUAUCAUACCGGAGCAAUAUUCCUGUCGUGUUAACUAUCGAGAGAUUUUCACCAGCACUUAGGCACCUGGGUAUCAAUAUUGGCAAAGCCAACAGCUCGCUGCUGCCUAAAAUAAAUGCGACAAAUAUAGAGCAAAUUGACAUACAAGGAAAUAUAGAUAACUUCUCUUGGAAUAGCUUUGCAGACAACAAUGAUUCAGUUAGCAUUAUGUUCAGGAAUCUGAAAAACCUUACAGUCGACAACUCCAACAAAUACUAUGUUGACACUUUAAAAAAGCAAGACGACAUUACAUUAACUCAUAAAUAUCCGUACACAUUGCACAUGCCAAAGCUAAAAAAGAUAUACCUCUGCAAUAUCGAUGAUAACAGCAAGCUGUUAAAUGCCUUUAUUGACUACAUACACAUACGUAAUGUCAACGUUGGCGGAUCAUACAAAACACUGAAUUUGUUUGCUAGCUCAAAAGCGGGAUUAAUCGACUCAUGCCACGCUUUUACAAAGCUGAGGCCCAACGAUAACAUGGAUGCAUUUUCUAAAACUUUAAACAGGUUCUUCGGAGACAAAACCAAAAUAAAACACGCAGAACUUAGCUUGAACAUGGGCAAGCCAAAAUGGAGCACGCAGUUGAUAUCAUGGACCAACCUCCACAGCCUAAACAUUUCUCAGUCUAUACAAUUUGACACGCUAGUCGAUUUAAUUGCAAGGAUUCCAAAAUUGAGCGAUUUAUCCAUUGACGACAUAACCUACGAUAGGUUUUCCGAAGUGGAGCUCAAUCGAGUGAGACCGAUUCUGGGAGAUGUCAGCGAAUUAUGCAUUUUUGGUACAGUCACUGCGGUCUCCAAAGAUAUUGGGAAUGUCUGCAUUAAAUAUUUAUUGUUAGCAUUUCAGUCACUGAAGCAACUUACUUUAUACGGAGAAGAAUUUGAUCAUGACACGUUUGUCAAAGAGUAUGAAGAAAAGUAUCCUCACAUAUCAGAUAUCAAGUUCGAGUAAUCAUCUUUUUUAGACAAAACAGGUUCAGCAUUAGAAGCGUAGCGAGCGGAGUAGCAGUCAUUUUCCAGGUUUAAUUUUGUUUUAAACAAUAUAUUAAAGGUAUGACAAAAAU